AAUUUUUUUUUUUUGGGGGUUUUGCUAAAAUACAAGCUUACCUUUUCCUCUUAAGGAGGAGUCAAACUUUCUGUUUAGAAUUUCUUCAAGUUGGAAGCCGCCAGUUUCCUUUCUUAUCCUCUUUAUCUUCACAUUACAGCAAUUUUUUUGUUAACAUUAAUACGUGGGGAACCUUCCUAGUUCCUUGACUUUAGACACAGAUCAUUAAAAAUUGUUUACACUUGUUGUAAUAUUUGACCAAGUAUGUCUUGUCAAAAUUUACCUGGUGACUACAAUGAUAUCUCCCCCUUUUUCUCUGUAAACACCUGCUUCUCGUAAUUCUAUUCUUCAUUAAAGUUGCCUGUGCUUCAAUCUUAGAAUGAACCAAGACCUAAAAACUCUUCUUCUCUACCUGCUGAUAACUAUACUAUUUUCUAGUAUUCAAUCAGUUUCAGCUAUUGAUUUUGUCUUCAAUGGCUUUAAACCAUCAGAUAUAUCACUGUAUGGGAAUGCUACAAUUGAAUCUCGAAUACUUACUCUUACAAAUGACUCAACUUUCUCAAUUGGCAGAGCUCUACACCCUUCAAAGAUUGUCACAAAAGCACCUAAUUCAUCCCAAGUUCUUCCCUUUUCAACAUCUUUCAUAUUUGCAAUGGCUCCUUUUAAGGAUAGGCUACCAGGACAUGGCAUAGUUUUCUUGUUUGUGCCACAAACAGGUAUUGAUGGUACUACUUCUUCACAGAAUUUAGGUUUUUUGAACUUCACAAAUAAUGGGAAUCCUGAUAAUCAUGUUUUUGGGGUUGAGUUUGAUGUUUUCAAGAAUCAAGAAUUCAAUGACAUAAAUGAUAACCAUGUUGGAAUUGAUGUCAAUUCUCUUGCAUCAGUCUUUGCUCAUGAAGCUGGCUAUUGGCCUGAUAAGUACAAUAAGUUUAGUGAUGAUGGUAGCUUAAAUGAAGAGUCUUUCGAGACUUUAAAGUUGAAUAAUGGAAGAAAUUACCAAGUUUGGAUUGACUAUGCAGAUUUCCACAUUAAUGUGACUAUGGCACCAGUUGGUAUGAAAAGGCCUAAGCAACCUUUGUUGGAUCUUCCCCUCAAUCUUUCUCAGGUUUUUAUGGAAGAGAUGUAUGUGGGGUUCACUGCUUCCACUGGAGAUCUUGCUCAAGGUCACAAGAUUUUAGCUUGGGGUUUUAGUAACUCAAAUUUUUCGAUAAGUGAUGCUUUGAUCACGCAGGGGUUGCCUUCAUUUGGGCUGCCUAAAGAUCCAGUUCAUCGAUCGAAGGGAUUCAUUGCAGGUAUUACAGUGUCACUUUUGUUUCUUAUUGUGGUCACUGCUGUAGUUUCAUUGUUUCUCAUAAAGAGAAAUAGGAGAAUGAAAAGGGAAAGAGAGGAUAUGGAAGAUUGGGAAUUGGAAUAUUGGCCACAUAGGAUUAGUUAUCAAGAAAUUGAUGCUGCAACAAAGAGUUUUGCUGAUGAAAAUGUGAUUGGAAUUGGAGGUAAUGGGAAGGUAUAUAAAGGGGUUUUGGCUGGGAGUUCAGAGGUUGCAGUAAAGCGCAUUUCUCAUGAAAGCAGUGAAGGGGCAAGGCAAUUCUUGGCUGAGAUUUCAAGUCUUGGUAGGCUAAAGCAUAGAAAUUUGGUGUCACUAAGAGGUUGGUGCAAGAAAGACCGAGGCAGCCUGAUUUUGAUUUAUGAUUAUAUGGAAAAUGGGAGCUUGGAUAAAAGGCUGUUUGAAUGUGAAGUGACAAACAUGUUGAGUUUUGAAGACAGAAUUAGGAUUUUGAAAGAUGUGGCAUCAGGAGUUCUAUACUUGCAUGAGGGAUGGGAGGCAAAAGUGUUACAUAGGGAUAUUAAGGCUAGCAAUGUUUUACUUGACAAGGACAUGAAUGCAAGACUAGGUGAUUUUGGUCUAGCCAGAAUGCAUGAUCAUGGUCAAGUGGCUAACACGACUCGAGUUGUUGGCACAGUAGGUUACUUGGCACCAGAGUUUGUCAAGACGGGCCGUGCCUCUACACAAACUGAUGUGUUUGGAUAUGGAGUUUUAGUUUUGGAGGUGAUGUGUGGAAGGAGGCCUAUAGAGGAGGAAGGCAAGCCCCCUUUAUUGGAUUGGCUGUGGGAACUAAUGAGACGAGGCGAAUUGAUUAAUGCCUUUGAUCGUCGAUUAAGGAUCAAUCAGGAUUUUAAUGAAGAGGAAGCCUUAAGAGUAUUGCAAUUAGGCAUGAUAUGCGCGAGCAUGGACCAUAAAGGUAGGCCAACCAUGAGACAAGUAGUGAAAUUCUUUGAAAGGAACAGUGAGGUUGAUGAAUCUGAAGCUGAGGAUAUGGAUGUUUACCUUCUGGAGAGUUUGAGAUCUAAUACCAUGUUGUCCAAUUUUUCCUUAAGUUUGAGCCAUGGUUCACACCCAACAUUUGAAGAAAUUAGAGAAGGCUGCAAAGAGGAAUGGUUGGUUUUUGAUCAUCACUCUGCUUGAACUCUUGGUACCUGCAUUUCCAAUACUUUCAGGGCCUAGCAUUACUUGAAAUGGUAGUGCUGCUUCAUGAACAUAUUUAUAGGUUGGCUAAGGAAAAAGGGUUGGUUUUGAGAUAUACAUGUAUUAGUCAUUUCUUUUUUUAUACCUUGAUACUAGUUGCAGUGGAAGAAUUUGUUCUCUUAGUUUUAGUUUCCCCCAUAAGAGAAUCUGUUCCUUGUCUCUUUUAUUUCCACUAGCUAUGUUGAUGAUGUACAUAUAUGAAACUCAUAGUAUGGUGUUUAUACUUAUUCUUGA